AUGUCCAACCUGCUGCCGAAGCCUGCGCAGCCCCUGUCACACCUCCGCCAAGCCCCGCUCCCCACCCCUCCCCGGUCCCCCCAGCCCCUCACCCUCACCAUCCACUCCCCCGCCAACCACCAGCACCACAAUUUUGGGCAUCAUCCCCUCGCGCCGGCCCCAGCGAGCGCCAUGCAGCCCGGCCACGCCUUCCGGCCCCUCUUCGUGGGCGGCGGGGAGGACGCAAGGCCAGUGCCCGGCCGCCAGUCCGGAUCCGCCGUCGCCGACGUCCCCAGGUACCCCCCCGCCGGUUCGACGCCCCAGACGCCUCCCGGAGUGCCGGGCUUCACGCCGCAGGGGGGCAUGUACCCGGAGGUGGCGGUGUUCAGCCAGUUCGACCAGAUCCUGCCGCACAUGGCGCUGCUGCAGCCGCUGCACGGCGGCCACGGCGCGGCGGCAGCCCAGUCGGUGCCUGGUGGCGAUGACGCGGCCAUGGGCGCCAGGGGAGGGAUGGGGAGACAGGCGGAGGGGCGGGUGACUUCUGACUACGCGUCCAGGCACCAGGCGGCGGAGCAGCGGCGGCGGACACGGAUCAACGAGAGGCUGGACCGCCUGCGCAAGGUGGUGCCGCACGCGGAGCGCGCCAACACGGCGGCCUUCCUGGAGCAGGUGCUUACUUACAUCGAGUCGCUCAAGAAGAAGGUCCAGGACCUGGAGAGCCGGCUGGACAAGGCGGAGGGCCGGGAGCCCGGGGCGGAAUCCGGGUCCGAGGUGCGGCUCAACGAGGGGGAGGCCAGCGGGGAACAGCGCGGGUCUGAUGCCGACGCCGCUUUUCAGUCCGUGGUUGAGCCCGGCGGUGGCAGCAGCAACGAUGGGGAAGGAGGGGAAAGGCCACGGGGUGAGCAGGGGGAUGCUGCGUGUGCUGAUGCGCUCGCUGAGCUGAUGGAUGGCGGGCUGGCGCCGUGCGAGGGGGGGCUGAAGAGGGGGGUUUCGUCCGGGGAGGAGGCGGAGGCGAGCAAGAAGGUUAGGCUGGGGGGCCCUGAUUAG